UUGAAGGACCGGGUGACUCAGCCGCGUGGCCCGGGCGGGGGGCGGGGACGCGCGGUGGCCGGAGCUCAGCGGGAACCGGCGGCGGCGGCUGCUCGCUCGUGUCCCGGGCGGCUUCGGGGCUCCGGGGCCGAGAGCGCGGCGUCGGGGGACCGACGUGGCACUUGACUAUGCCCCUCAGCCAGCAAGCCUUCAGUAUCCUCACAUAAUGCCACUUCCUGAAGACAGCAGCAAGGGCUCGUGCUUCCAGACUGGAAGCAAGCGGAGCCACGAGCCCUUCAUCGUUUCAGAGAGAUUUGGGAACAGUGGCGUAGGCUUCGGAGGUAGCUCUCACUCCCCAGCCCCAGAAAAAGUGACGCUUCUUGUAGAUGGCACACGCUUUGUGGUGAAUCCUCAGAUUUUCACCGCUCAUCCGGACACCAUGUUGGGAAGGAUGUUCGGACCAGGAAGAGAAUACAACUUCACGAGGCCCAAUGAAAAGGGGGAGUACGAGAUUGCAGAAGGGAUCAGUGCCACUGUGUUCCGCACAGUACUGGAUUAUUACAAAACUGGCAUCAUCAACUGUCCGGAUGGUAUCUCUAUCCCAGAUCUGAGAGACACGUGUGACUAUCUCUGCAUUAACUUUGACUUCAACACUAUCCGCUGUCAAGAUCUGAGUGCUUUACUUCAUGAGCUGUCCAACGAUGGUGCUCACAAGCAGUUUGAUCACUACCUCGAGGAACUGAUUCUGCCCAUCAUGGUGGGCUGUGCCAAGAAAGGGGAGCGGGAGUGCCACAUUGUCGUGCUGACAGAUGAGGAUUCUGUGGACUGGGAUGAAGACCACCCCCCACCCAUGGGGGAAGAGUAUUCCCAAAUUCUUUACAGCUCCAAGCUCUACAGAUUCUUCAAGUACAUUGAGAACCGAGAUGUCGCUAAGACAGUGCUAAAGGAGCGCGGCCUGAAGAACAUUCGCAUUGGAAUUGAAGGGUACCCUACCUGUAAAGAAAAGAUUAAGAGGAGACCUGGUGGGAGGUCUGAGGUUAUCUACAAUUAUGUGCAGCGCCCCUUUAUCCAGAUGUCCUGGGAAAAGGAGGAAGGGAAGAGUCGCCAUGUGGAUUUCCAGUGUGUUCGCAGCAAGUCCCUCACUAAUCUGGUGGCUGCUGGAGAGGACGUCUUGGAAGACCAGGAGAUAAUAAUGCAUCACCCGCCACAGGUGGACGAACUUGACCGGCUAAAUGCUCCACUCUCUCAGAUGGCUUCUAAUGACUUCCAAGAUUAGGGAGAAAUAGUCGCCAGAGCGCUUCUCUGUGGGUGCCCCCAACCUGGCCUCCUGGUUUCUCACCCCAAGGAGAUGCUUCCUCCUGUCUGUUUCCAUCCCCUCUCCAUCACUAUUGUGCCCCUUUCUCAGUCUGUCUCUGGUAAUCAGACGACCAGUUUAGCCGGCCCUGGUAAACAGACGCUGGGUCUGUUGUUGGUUGAGUCUUGUACAGCUGCGGGAGAGGAAGUGGACUCCUGUCGCCUCAUGGUUGACACAGAAGCCCACAUCCUUUAUACCCAAUGGGUGUGUUUUUGCCUCAGACAAAUUGCUUAAUAGCAAAAGGACCAAAUUUCAGAGACAGUCUGUGCGCUGGGGCAGGUGUCCUCUGCUGAGGAGGUGUGCCAGGGUGGAUGAAAGGUAGUUCCUGGGUACUGCACCCAGGUGCCCUCUGGCUAGAAUGUCUGAACAGAAUUCCCAGGAGCUCAGCUCAGCACUGCUCUUCAUUAACACAGGAACAGUCUGACACAGGAGACAGGUCUGCAGCAGGAGAGCAGUGGCCAGCAGUGUUAGUGCAGCCGUUGGCCUCAGGGAGUCAGAGCCAAAUUGGAAAUUAGGUGGCAGAAUGGCUCCAGGUCAGGCCUGCAGACUGCACCCAGGGACAGCCUGGUGCUGUGGGUAUGGCAGGAGACCUGGUGUCUGAAGAUGAGAAGAGAUUUUUGCUUGGUACCUUCCUGUGGGCACCAGGGAGGACUGUGGUGAGCUCAAUGGAAUCAACUGUGCAGGCCCUGCUUGCAUCCUCACACCAAUACAUUCACUUUCUUUCCCUCUCUCUCCCUCUCUUCCCCCCCUCCCUUUCUUUGCACAUUUGCUGCUCAGACAUGGUAAGAAAAUGAUACUACUGUCCUCCCCAGGGUCAGGUCCAGGCCUUGUCUCUUGUUCUCUUACAUGUGUGGUAUAUGGCAGUCCAGAUCACUCCUCAGCCCCCUUCCUCUGACAUUUCCUUGGCUGUUUGCAGAGUCAAGCCAGACAGCAGUAUCUGAGAUUACCUUACUUUGUGGCAGAAAUUGUCCACCCUGGACAUUUUCCCAUCAUAGGUGGUGUAUGUAAGCUGUUUGCUUCAAGUUCCUUAAAGAACAUGGUUGGUUUCUUGAA